AUGUUCCCGCCUCCGGCCGCGCUCCCGCCCACCCGCGCCUGCAGCGGGAGCGCGCCCCGGGAGCGCGCCCGGGAGCGAACGGAGCCGCUCCGGAGCCUCCCGUGCCCGGCGGCUCUUCCCUCCCGGCAGCCCUGGGGCUUCCCGGCCCGGGAAUUCCUGCGGAAGAAGCUGAUCGGGAAGGAGGUUUGCUUCACCGUGGAGUACAAAACCCCGCAGGGCCGGGAGUACGGAAUGGUGUACCUGGGAAAAGACACCAGCGGUGAGAACAUCGCCGAGUCCCUGGUGGCCGAAGGAUUGGCUUCUCGCCGGGAGGGGAUCCGAGCCAACAACCCCGAGCAGAGCCGGCUGGCAGAGCUGGAGGAGCAGGCCCGCAGCGCCAAGAAGGGAAUGUGGAGCGAGGGCUCGGGCUCGCACACCGUGCGCGACCUCAAGUACAGCCUGGAGAACCCCCGGCACUUCGUGGACUCCCUGCACCAGAAACCUGUCAAUGCCAUCAUCGAGCACGUUCGGGACGGCAGCGUGGUGAGAGCUCUGCUCCUGCCCGACUUCUACCUGGUCACUGUCAUGCUCUCGGGGAUCAAGUGCCCCACGUUCAAGCGCGAGGCCGACGCCGAGGUCCCGGAGCCGUUUGCGGCCGAAGCCAAAUUCUUCACGGAGUCGCGGCUGCUGCAGAGGGACGUGCAGAUCGUGCUGGAGAGCUGCCACAACCAGAACAUCCUGGGCACCAUCCUGCACCCGAACGGGAACAUCACGGAGCUGCUGCUGCGGGAGGGCUUUGCUCGCUGUGUGGAUUGGUCCAUCGCCGUCUACACCCGCGGCGCCGACAAACUGCGCGCGGCCGAGAGGUUUGCCAAGGAGCGCAAGCUGAGGAUCUGGAGGGAUUACGUGGCCCCCACGGCAAACCUGGACCAGAAGGACAAACAGUUCAUGGCCAAGGUGAUGCAGGUGCUCAACGCCGACGCCAUCGUGGUGAAGCUCAACUCCGGGGACCACAAAACCAUUCACCUGUCCAGCAUCCGACCCCCGCGGCUCGAGGGGGACAGCACCCAGGACAAGAACAGGAAGCUGAGGCCCCUCUAUGACAUUCCCUACAUGUUCGAGGCCCGGGAAUUCCUGCGGAAGAAGCUCAUCGGGAAGAAGGUGAACGUUUCCGUGGAUUACAUCCGUCCCGCCAGCAGCGCCACCGAAACCGUCCCGGCCUUCUCGGAGCGCACGUGUGCCACCGUGUCCAUCGGCGGGAUGGCCGCGCUCCGGGCGGAUCCCGGGGAUCCCGGUGAUCCCGGUGAUCCCGGGAUCCAGCAGGAGCUCGUUCCCAGUGAUCCCGGGAUCCAACAGGAGCUCCUUCCCGGUGAUCCCGGGAUCCAGCAGGAGCUCACUCCCGGCUCCUCUUGCAGGGCCAUCAAGAACGGGAAGGGGCUGCACAGCAAGAAGGAGGUGCCGAUCCACAGGGUGGCCGACAUCUCCGGAGACACGCAGAAGGCGAAGCAGUUCCUGCCGUUCCUGCAGCGCGCCGGCCGCUCCGAGGCCGUGGUGGAGUACGUGUUCAGCGGCUCCCGCCUCAAACUCUUCCUGCCCAAGGAAACCUGCCUGAUCACAUUCCUGCUCGCCGGGAUCGAGUGUCCGCGGGGUGCCCGGAACGUUCCGGGGCUGGCGCAGGAGGGGGAGCCCUUCAGCGAGGAGGCCACGCUCUUCACCAAGGAGCUGGUGCUGCAGCGGGAGGUGGAGGUGGAGGUGGAGAGCAUGGACAAGGCCGGGAAUUUCAUCGGGUGGCUGCACAUCGAGGGCGUGAACCUGUCGGUGGCGCUGGUGGAGCAGGCGCUGUCCCGCGUCCACUUCACGGCCGAGCGCAGCCCCUACUGCAAGGCGCUGCUGGCGGCCCAGGACGCGGCCAAGCAGAGGAAGGAGAAGGUGUGGUCCCACUACGAGGAGACGCCGGUGGAAGAGGUGGUGCCGGUGCUGGAGGAGAAGGAGCGCGCGGCCAACUACAAACCCGUGUUUGUCACCGAGAUCACCGACGACCUCCACUUCUACGUGCAGGACGUGGAGACGGGCGCCCAGCUGGAGAAGCUGAUGGAGAACAUGCGCGCCGAGGUGGGCACCCACCCGCCCGUGGAGGGCUCCUUCGCCCCGCGCCGCGGCGACUUCUGCAUCGCCAAGUUUGUCGACGGGGAAUGGUACCGCGCCCGCGUGGAGAAGGUGGAGUCGGGUGGGAAAGUGCACAUCUUCUACAUUGACUACGGCAACAAGGAGACGCUGCCCCCGAGCCGCCUGGCCCCGCUGCCCCCGGCGUUCUCGCCGCGGGUGCUGCCGGCCCAGGCCACCGAGUACACCUUCGCCUUCAUCCAGGUGCCGCAGGACGAGGAGGCGCGGGCGGACGCGGUGGACAGCGUGGUGAGGGACAUCCAGAACACGCAGUGCCUGCUCAACGUGGAGCACCUGGGGCCCGGCUGUCCCCACGUCACCCUGCAGUUCGCCGACUCCAAGAGCGACGUGGGGCUGGGGCUGGUCAAGGAGGGGCUGGUGAUGGUGGAGCCCCGCAAGGAGAGACAGUUCCAGAAAGUGAUCACCGAGUACCUGAACGCGCAGGAGGCGGCCAAGAGCGCCCGGCUGAACCUGUGGCGUUACGGCGAUUUCCGCGCGGACGACGCCGACGAGUUCGGCUACAGCCGCUGAGGGGCCGGGGGGCCCUGGGGGCACCCCAAAAACCCCCCGGCCCAUGGGGGGGCGGCCGGGGGGCGGCUCCGA